AUGAAUGAGCCUGAUGCUUAUCCUGACCCUGGCAAAAACUCACUGCCGGUGUUAACAAUCAACCACACCCGUAUUCAGAUACCAUUUGAGAUUACUUUAUGGGUGCUGCUUGCUUCCUUUGCCAAAAUAGGUUUCCAUGUCCACCAUAAAAUCACAGUCUGGGUCCCAGAGUCCUGCUUGCUGAUCUCCAUCGGCCUCAUGGUGGGGGGCAUUAUGUACUUAAUGAACGAGGUGCCACCGGCAGUGCUCAGCUCUUAAGUAUUUUUCCUCUACAUGUUGCCACCCAUUGUACUAGACUCAGGCUACUUUAUGCCCACUCGGGCCUUGUUUGAGAAUUUUGGCACUGUGCUAUGGUUUGCUGUUGUUGGCACCUUAUGGAAUUAAUUUGGCAUCGGCAUCUCCCUGUUCGCCAUCUGCCAGAUUGAGGCGUUUGGUGUGCAGGACAUUCCCCUGGAGGAGAACCUCCUCUUUGCCUCCAUUAUUUCCACCAUAGAACCAGUGGCUGUGCUCACCGUAUUUGAGGAUAUACACAUCAGUGAGCAGCUUUAUAUUGUGGUGUUUGGAGAGAGCCUGCUCAAUGAUGCCAUCACUGUGGUGCUGUAUAAUCUUUUUAACCAUGUAGCUGAGCUGCAUGCGGUCCAAGCCGGAGAUGCUUUUCUGGGCAUCGUUUCCUUUUUUGUAGUGGGUUUGGGUGGUAUGCUUUGCGGCCUAUUGUUUGGUUUUGUGGCAGCCUUUACCACACGCUUUACCAGAAAGGUGAGAGAGAUCGAGCCUCUAAUCAUCUUCCUGUACAGCUACCUGGCAUACCUCAUAGCGGAGCUCUUUGCAAUCUCUAGCAUCAUGGCUAUUGUAACCUGUGCCCUGACCAUGAAGUAUUAUGUUGAGGAGAAUGCAUCCCAGCAUUCCUGCACCACUAUUCGUCAUGUCAUUAAGAUGGUUGAAAGUGUAUCGGAAACUCUAAUCUUCUUCUUUGUGGGUGUUGUUACCAUAACAACAAAGCAUGAGUGGAACUGGCUGUUUGCAUUGCUUUGGAGAGGCUUGGGAAUCCUGGAACUUACACAGAUCAGUAACCCCUUCGGCACCAUUCGUUUCAACUUUAAAGAUCAGUUUGGUCUAGCCUAUGGCGGGCUUAGAGGAGCAGUGUCCUUUGCCUUGACCUUUACUCUCCCAAAUAGCAUUCAUCACAAGCAACUAUUCAUCACAGGCACGAUUGCUGUCAUCAUCUUCACAGUGUUCAUUCAGGGGAUCACAGUAAGGCCUCUUCUAAAAUUAAUGAAUCUCUGUAAGACAAAUAGAAAUUUAGAUACCAUCAAUUUUGAGACUCACAAAAGGUUAAUGGAGCACACUGUUGCAGGCAUAGUAGAUAUAUGUGGACUAUGGAGUCACUACUACUUGAAAGACAAAUGGCGAAAUGCCGAAAAUGCUUUCAGUUUGUCUUUGAGGAACAUUGAUCUCAAAACAUUAUCGUACACCAAUAAGCAUGCAUUACCCAAUGAUAUCACAGCCCAAGCGAUCCUGAUAAGACGGCACGCAACCAUACGACACAGCCUCAGAGCUGGAAGUUUUCACGGACCUAAUGUUGCAAAAAUGUCCCAGAAGUAUUUCUCUCUUCCCAUGGGUCAGAGUCUGAACUCCAGAUUUCCUCAAAGGAGACUCGGUCACAUUGGUGAGAGGGAUGGUGAUACUGAAUCAGAAAUUAACUAUGCGACAAUCAAGCCCAAGUUCAGGAAGUCACAGAAGUCCUCAUCUAGAGCAAUGAUACCUCUCAGACCACUAGCCACUCUAAAGGAAGUGCUAUCCAGUGUGAACAUGGUGGAUGAACAGAACGAGGAGCAAAGGGGCUACAUGACUUCAUGUGUGAGGUCUAACUUCAGAAGUUCAGGACAUCAGAACUUGCAUCGGCCUUUUAGCUUGUCUAGCAACAUUAGUUAUAAAGACUGUCACUCUGAGGGUGAAGAGCAGCAAUCACCUCAAAACAACAGUGACAUUCAAUACCCAUUGCUAAAGAGACCACAAGAGCUACCACAGGAACCACAGGACCAAUGAGAUCUGAAGGGUUGGAUAUUAUAAAACAGUGGUUCUCAAACAAGGAGGGCCAUAAGGGGCCCCAGCAAACCUCCAAGAUAACUUACAAUUAUUUAUAUAAAUAUAAGAAGCUAUAAUAUAACAAUCAGUCAAAAUUCUAGUUGCUGUUAAUACAAAUUGAAAACAAGCAGCUUUGUCAUCUUUACAGCAGAAGUACCAGUGGAAAUAUUUUGGCCUACAUGUGGGAGCCUUCGUAUAUCAUUAUGGACAGUGGGGGGCAUUGCAAUCAAAAAGUUUGAGAACCACCUGCUGUAAAUGCAACUGAAAUACUAUUACUGAGAUUAAAUCACUUACUAACCUUUUUGUGAAAAGUUACUGUAUAUUUAACAUUUUACAACAAUGUUGCCAUGACAACGUAACGCCAUAAAGCCUUAAACCCUAAAACGGCCAUAAAAUCUGAAUUUAAACAACUUUACAGCUCAUAUAAUGCACAGAAGAAUUAAAGUAGGUUCUUUUAUAAAAUUAUAAAUGUCACAUUUCUGUCUUUAAACCCUCCAAAACUUGCCUCACUGUAACCUCGGUUGUUCCACAUUUUUUUUUUUUUUUUUUUUUAGGGACGAGCCUAAAUAAUUUUAUUUUGUGGUAAUCGAAAUUAUGCCACAAAUGCUGUCAAUGGAUCUUAAUUUGCUUUGAAACCAGAAUAUUCCUUGAACACUGAAGGAAUAAAAUUGUAAAGCCUGCCUAAAUACAAUAUAUAUUUAGUUUUGGUCCUAGCCAGGGGACAUUUGCUUCAGCUGCAAUUUAAAUCAAUUGUAAUUAUUGGGAAUUGUUAGUAGACAGAAAAUAAAUGUAAUUCACGAACUUUUAUUAGCCAUUUACUGAAUAGAAACUUUGGUAAACUUUGUGUUCAUUAAAAAAAUAUAUCGAUAUCAAUGAGGUUUUAACACUGGAUCUCUUAGAAGUUAAUUGGACGAUCUUAUUAAUCUGAUUGUCAUAGAUGAAUAUACAUAUGCCAAACAAAAAAAAUAUUUUUUACACUUCUAAAAAAUCAAUGCGAUUUGUUGCAUGAUCCAGGAAAAUUGCAUUAUUGUUUAGGAUAUUGUAUUUGUGCAUUUAUAGCCCCUUAAAGAGUUAACAUUUGCAAAUACAUAACAAACUCGCAGAUAAACAAUGAUUCAAUUGGACAACAAUUCUCAUAGACGUUUGCUGAUCUAUUCUCAAGUUUCUUGUAGAGUUUUAUCAAAAACAUUAUUGCUAGCCUUGGGGGCAACUGUACGACUUUCAUUUAAAAAACACUUAAGGAAGUGAUUGUUUCGAAGGGCAAUACUGAUAAAUAGUGUUUUAAAAAGACAAUGCAACAUCGAGGUAAAAUUAAUUAUGUAAUGUGGCAGGGUCGUGAUCCUACACUCCAAGCCUCCCGAGAGGGAUAAAGGUCGACUGCAGAGGAUUGUGCGGGAGUGAGAGAUCGUUAACGGACAUAUCAGUCAUAUG